AUGACUCCAUUUGAAGCAGUGUAUGAACAAAAACCACGACUUCACUUACCCUAUGUAGCUCAUCAUUCCAUGGUUGAUCAAGUGGAUAGGAGUUUGCAGGCUAGAGAAUCAACUAUCAGGCUGCUCAAGCAUCAUCUGCAACAGGCACAAUGUAGGAUGAAAGCCCAGGCUGAAAAGAAGAGAUCUCCCAGAAACUUUGAGACAGAAGAUUUGGUCUUUGUCAAGAUAAAACCUUACAAGCAAAUGUCCCUAAAAGGACACUCUUAUCACAAGCUCAAUACUAAAUACUUUGGACUAUUCAAAGUUCUGCAAAAAGUGGGCACAAUUGCCUACCAAUUGGAACUUCCACCCCAGGCCAAAAUCCACCACACUUUCCAUGUGUCACAAUUGAAGAAAUACAUUGGGAACGUGGCUAUUUUUCCAAACUUGCCAGUCUCAUUAUCAACUCAUGGCCACAUUGUCUUAGAGCCUGAAGCUAUUUUAAACAGGAGAUCAGUCCAAUCUAGAGGGAAAUAG